AUGGUCCUUGGUGUCUUUCCCUGCCCCCCCACCCCAAUUAAGAGCGUGGAAACCUCCAGCACUCUAGCUACUUCCCUCCUGGCCAGUUCCUGCCAAGUCACUCACACCCUCACACACCCUCGAAGUGGCUUCCUCGCGCACUCCGGGGGCGCGCCGCCCCCCCGGCCCCCGCCUGGGCUCCCGCAAGCCAACCAGCACCCCCAAAGGCGCGCUGCCCUCGCCUCGCCUGGCCGGCGUCCCGUCGGAGUUACUUGCCUGCGACAAGGCAGCCCAGCCCAGCCGGGGCGGGGGGCGGAGUCUCUCCGGUCGGCCUCCCGGAGAGGCUGCUGCUGUGUCACUCGCCGCCCUCGCCCGUUGCAGCUCCUGGCAUCGCCCGCGGGGCACCCCGAUGAGGGAAUUCACUUUCCUGCCUCCGAGGUUCUGUCCAACUGCCCCCUGUGCCCCUCCCAGGAAGCCCUCCCGGAGCCCCUGCUGGUGCGGAUCCUGGCCAGCCUGCCUGCCACCGACCUGGUCCUGCAGUGCCGCCUGGUUUGCUCCCAGUGGAAGGCCCUGGUGGACGGGGCGGCCCUCUGGCUCCUGAAAUGCCAGGCAGAGGGCUUUGCCGGGGAGGGCGCAGAGGCCGAGGGCGCAGACAGCUGGCAAACCCUCUACUUUCUGAAUAAGAGGAAGCGGAAUUUAAUCAGGAACCCAAACGGCGAAGGGGGUCUCCAGCAUUGGGAGGACGUGCAAAAUGGGGGCGACGGCUGGAAAGUCGAAGAGCUGCCUGGCGAUUUCGGAAAGGACUUCCCCAGCGAUGAAGUCCACACCUAUUUUGUCUCAUCUUUUGACUGGUGCAGUAAAUCCCAAAUGAUUGACCUGCGCGCAGAAGGCUACUGGGAAGAGCUGAUGGACACCACGCAGCCCAAAAUCGUCGUGAAAGACUGGUAUGCUGCUCGCUGCGAUGCCGGCUGUCUCUACAACCUGAAGGUGAAAUUGCUCUCUGCCAACGAAGACGUGGUGGCCGAGUUUGUGAGCGACACCAUUGCGGUCCCCCAGGACAACGAAGGCGAUUGGGCUGAGAUCACUCACACGUUCACCGAGUACGGCCCCGGAGUUCACUUCGUCCGUUUCGAGCAUGGAGGCCAGGACACGGUUUUCUGGAAGGGCUGGUACGGCGCACGCGUGACCAACAGCGCGGUGUUUGUGGAGCCUUAGCUCUGCCCUCGGAGCGGCGGCCUGGCCGAGGCAUCGUCCCUUCCCUCGCAGAGGCCUCCCGCUACCUAUCCUACAGGAAAUCCUCGCUAUGAAACAAUUCCUUGGAAUUUGCAAAUGCAAAUUUUAAAAAAUCCCCAUACAUUAAAAAAAAAGCAAUGGA